UGAUUUCAAAACUCAAAGGGGUUUCGAGUUUCAGCGAGAUGAACCCUGAGUCGGACUACGGGAUGUCUACGGUGAGCUGUGGGAACGGAAAGCUCCGCUCGUGGCUAAUCGAGCAGGUGGAUACCGGGAAGUACCCGGGCCUGGUCUGGGAGAACGAAGACAAGAGCAUCUUCAGGAUACCAUGGAAGCACGCGGGCAAGCAGGACUACAACCGGGACGAGGAUGCCGCUCUCUUCAAGGCUUGGGCGCUGUUUAAAGGCAAGUUUCGGGAGGGCAUCGACAAACUGGACCCGCCAACGUGGAAGACGCGCCUGCGGUGCGCGCUCAACAAAAGUAACGACUUCGAGGAGCUCGUGCAGCGAAGUCAGCUGGACAUCUCAGACCCUUACAAAGUCUACCGGAUCAUCCCGGAGUGCGCCAAGAAGCAUUUCUUGCUAUCAGGAUCCAAACAGGAGGAUGGUGGCAGCCCCCUGAGUCCUCUGAGUUACCCCAUGCUACCCUCAUACCCCGCCCUGCAGCCACAGAUGUCUGGGUACAUGCCCAGUACAGAGCGAGGCUGGAUGAAGGACUAUCUUCCAGAGCAGGCCUCUCUUCCUGAGCUGCCCUAUGCCCAGUGCCCCUACCCCUCACGCAGCCUAUCUUGGGCCCAGGGGCCCAGCAUGGACAACGGGUACCAGAUCACAGGGUCCUUCUACACCUACAGCGCUACUGACGCCCAGCCCUCCCCCUUCACACUGGACACCAGCGUGAGAUCAGCAGAGGCACUCUCAGAUAUGCGGUUACAUGUGUCAGUGUUUUACCGGGACUCUCUGUGGAGGGAGGUGACCACCUCCAGUCCAGAGGGCUGUCGCAUCGCUCCCUGUUCCCCAGACGAAAAGCUUUAUUCCCCCACUGUGGGUCCAGACCUGGUACCCCUACCCCUGGACAGCCUCCCAGCCCUGGGGAGGGGGGAGGAGUGUCCUCCCAGCCCCCCUGGUUGUACCCUGGAGAGGGGCGUGCUACUGUGGAUGGCCCCAGAUGGCCUCUACGCCCGGCGGCUGUGCCAGGAGAGAGUGUUCUGGGAGGGAGGGUUAUCAUCCUACGUAGACAAACCCAACAAGCUGGAGAGAGAACACACCUGUAAACUACUGCACACACAGGACUACCUCACAGAGUUGCAGGGCUAUGCCCUCCACUGUCGGCCACCUCCACGUCUCCAGGUGCUGCUGAGCUUCGGAGACGAGUGUCUGGAUCCCCAGAGACAGAGGACCCUCACUGUACAGGUGGAACCCAUGUUUGCCAGGCAGCUCCUGUACUACACCCAGCACCAGCAGACCAGCGGACACUACUACCGCAGCUACGACCUCCCUCUCCCUGGAGUCACGGAACACAGCAUGACCCCUUCCGUAACCGAGGACUACCAGAGGGUCAUCACACAUCACCAUAGCAACACCCUGCAGGACUGACUAAUCUGACCAUCUCUGAUCACAGUCAGACUGCGGUGCAGGACAUGGGGAGAGGAGAAGAGAGGGAGAGAGGAAAGCCGAGGAGAGAGUCGUCACACUGUACUCUGGAUCACACAUUUCCAUCAAAGCUGAAGCAGAACUAUGUCAAUCCAAGCCAAACUGAACUUAACCAGGCCAUGGAGGAACAUACACUGGGACCACUGAAGAGACUAACAGAUAGUUGUAUGCUGUAUAGAUGUGUGUUGUAAGGGAGUCAACACCCCAAAUUCUUAUGGAUCAAACUGUAUUUCAACUACUCUCAGGGAGCCAUCCUUUGGCCUUAAAGACUCAAACUUGACCGCCGUUUUGCAAGGUCCACUUUGUGACAACAGAACUGACAGCUGUAGUGAUUGUAUCGACAUGCUCUAGAGUCGUGUGUGUGUGUUUUUGUAUCUGCAUUUUAUUGUAUGAGCGUGUGUAGUAUGGCCAUACUGAUGUUGACAUGCUUUCUUCUGUAAAUACAUUUGACCUGUUACUUCUAGUGUAUCACAUCACAUUUUCUCAAUCACAAAUACUGCAGUUCAGAGAUGACCAAAGACUACCACUGAGAUUCGACCACACUGAAACACGUACUAGCAUGCCGAACCUUUGGAUUGGCUCACUGUGUCAUACAUUGGGAAUGUUUUGUAAAGGAAUAAUUAAAAUGUUUCAAGCAAAAA